AGACAGACAGAGGGACAGACAGACAUCCUGACAAAUCUAUAAGGCCAUCUUAAAAGGCCUAAAAAAUCUCAUCUCUUGUCAUUCGUGGCUGAAAUGCUAAAACAAGUUGACACGCUUUAAAUUUAAAUUGUCUUGCAUAAAUCCGAUAUAGCGUAAUAUGCAGUUACGGACCGUAUUAUGUACUUAUACAAAUACAUACAUAUGCUGUGCCAGAACCUUCCUUUAGAUCCAUGGCCAGAACUCGCAAAUUUAACAGGAAUGCUGUAUCACAGGAAGGAAAGUGAAAUCCUGCUUCUGAAGUUUCACGUGUGAAAUUCACGAUCGAGGGUUUUAUUUACAUACUUGUUAGUAAACAAAUUACAAAACCUUAGACAUUCCAAUCCAAUCUAAUUUUUACAUGAAAUGGACGCUGCUGUGAAGAAAGCCUUGGACACAAAGACUUUUAGACCGACAGGUCGAGGUGGGGGUGGUUCUAUUUCUUCCGGAUCUUCUUACAUUACAGAUGAUGGAACCGUUUUUGUCAAAAUUAAUGAAAAAUCAAAUGCUUUAACCAUGUUUGAAGGAGAACGAGCAGGAUUGGAGGCUAUUUUAGCAACGGAAACGAUUCGUUGUCCUAAACCGAUUGCGAUUGUGAAGGAUGGAUCAAAUGUAGCGUUGGUUAUGGAAAACUUGAAUAUGACGUCGAUGACUUCUCACCAACAAGAAAUUCUUGGAGAACAACUGGCCAGGAUGCAUCUCCACAAUAAAAUGAUAGUGGAUGAAAUGCACAAAGGAGAAUCCCGAAUUACGACAGGAUCUGGGGAUGAAGAUUCUAGUAUUAAAGUAGUAAGAAAAUUUGGAUUUUCUGUCCCCACUUGUUGUGGAUAUAUCAGCCAAGACAAUACUUGGCAGGAAGAUUGGACGGUAUUUUACUUACGCCAGAAACUGCAGGCGCAAGUUGAUCGAAUAUUAAGAAAGGCAGGGGACAGGGAUUUGAAUGAUGUCUGGUCUCUGUGUUGUCAAAAAAUUGAAACCCAAUUAAGCAAACUGGCCAACAUCGUCCCUGCUUUGGUGCACGGCGAUUUAUGGAGUGGAAAUGUUGCUUCCUCUGAAAGUGUACCUGUGAUUUACGACCCUGCAUCAUUUUAUGGACAUUCUGAAUUUGAUUUUGGCAUUGCACGCAUGUUUGGAGGAUUUUCACCAAGUUUUUAUAAUGCGUAUUUUAAAAUUAACCCUAAAACUGAUGGAUUUUCAGAAAGACAAGACAUCUACGAGCUAUUCCACCAUUUAAACCACUGGAACCAUUUCGGAAUCGGUUAUAAGGGGUCAACUAUUAGUCUGUUGAAAAAAAUUUCAACAUCUUAAAUGUUCAAUAAAGAUAAAAUAAUAACUGACAA